GUCGAGUUACAGCAGUGUGAGUGAGAUCGCGAAUCAAAUCAAAUCAAAACAAAACAAACCACCAAACCCGAAUCAAAACAAAGCGGACCGUGUGUCAAGGAAAGUGUGCAGCAUCAGAAAGAACAAUGGCAGAUACAGUGGCGGAAGUUCCAGUAGCUGCAGCUCCGGCUGCCGUGGCCAAGACUCCUAAGAAAGCCAAGGCCGGCGCAGGACCGAAGAAGCCGAAGAAGCCAGCAACGCACCCUCCGGUGAACACGAUGAUUCUGGCCGCCAUCAAGGCGUUGAAGGAGCGCAACGGCUCGUCGCUGCAGGCCAUCAAGAAGUAUCUGGCGGCCAACUACAAGGUGGACGUGGCCAAGCUGGGACCGUUCAUCAAGAAGGCGCUGAAGACGGGCGUGACCAGUGGCAAGCUGGUGCAGACCAAGGGUGUCGGAGCGUCGGGCUCGUUCAAGCUGUCGGCCGAGGCCAAGAAGCCUGUCGUGGAGAAGAAGAAGAAGGCUACGGUACAGAAGAAGAAGCCGGCCGCAGCAGGAGAGAAGAAGAAGAAGGCAGUGACCAAGAAGGCUGCUGGUGAAAAGAAGAAGAAGCCGGUGGCGAAGAAGGCGGAAGGCGCCAAGAAGCCCAAGGCGGCGACAGCUGUGGCCAAGAAACCGAAAACAGCGGCAGCGGUGGCCAAGGCUGGUGCAGCGAAGAAAGCUACCAAGAAGCCAGCUGCAGCGCCGAAACAGAAGGCCACCAAGCCGUCGAAGAAGACGGGAGCACCGAAGCCAAAGACGCCCAAACCGAAGAAGGCUGCUGCUCCGGCGAAGAAGAAGCCUGCGGCCGCGAAGAAGGCUCCAGCUGCAAAGAAGUAAAGCCGGCGUCAGAAAACGAUUGCCAGUGCUGCAGUCAUUAUUGUGUUCAACAACAGUCCUUUUCAGGACUACAGAAUGAUUUACAAAAGAAUUGUUUUUCUUCCUCGCGUUACUCUGUGAUAGGGCUGAAAAGUUGUUGCUAUGCAACAACUUGGGCCUCCUCGACCUUCCUUCCCUACAGACGGUUGUAAUUUUUAAAUUUAACGACACUUCUGACCUCAUUAACGCAUAUUUAAAUGGCCUCGUGACUCUAUAUCUUGAUAUAACUGGUCUAUAGGCCAAUAAAAACGGUUAUGUUAUAUAUUGUAAGAAGAUUUACGCUGAAAGCUAAUCUAGCUAAGUCGUAAAUAAUCUGCUUUCACUGGACUAUUACACGUGGCACAUUGACUAGUGAGACGACAAUGGAAGCUUCGUAGCUGAUAAUUGUUUUUGAUAUUUGAUUGGAUACUGGCUAAACGGUUAAACGGAUUAUAAAAGAAAGCUACAAUACACAAGGUCUGUUAGCCUUCCUCAGAACCAUUAGGGAUUAAGGACCAAAACAAAAAUCUGUUGAAUAAAUUUUGGUGGCAAUCUUGCGUUUCCCACAAGUUUUUACAA